UCUUCGUUUCCUCCUCCCCCACACUUCGUCAUGUACGUUUGUCGAUAAUAUAUAAUUUAAAUGACGUUGGAACCUCAUGCUGUGGAAAACCGUUCAACCAGGUAUUCGGGGUUAUCAAUUACUCUUCGGACAAGCCCAGAGGGCUAGGCGACGAGAAUGAGCGGCCAACCGGCCAUCUUGGCAUUCGAAGACCUCCCACACGACAAUCGCUCCAGUGACACCAUAUUGGCCGUAGUGCUAUGCAUGAUUCUUGCAACGGCGGCAGUAUGCCUUCGAUUAUAUACCAGGCAUUUCGUCUUAAGAAGGCUCUGGAUAGAUGACUAUUUGGCAUUUGCCGGCAUGAUUGGAAUGAUCACGAACGGCAUAUUACAAUGUGUGCAGACAAAAUAUGGGCUGGGAGCUCAUUACUACGACAUGACAGAUGAGGCCGAGGCCAUUGAAUUCUUCAAAGUAUUCUACGCAGUGACGAUCAGCUAUAACACCACGUUGAUGUUUAUAAAAUUCAGUUUAUUCUUCCAGUAUUACCGGUUGAUACAGGAAGUUCCCUAUUAUCGCUUAUUUUAUAUUGGUAUAAUGGCCAUAGUUGGUGGUUGGGUCAUUUCACAGGAGUUUAUCCUUAUAUUUUCGUGCACUCCAAUUCGCGCGUACUGGGAUCGCUCGGCUGGAGGCCAUUGUCUGGACGGUAACCUUAUUGGGUGGAUGAACUCGGUCGGCAACAUCGUUACCGAUGUCAUCGUACUUCUAUUACCGAUUCCUGUCGUAUGGCGGUUGAAUCUAAAACGGGGGAAGAGGUGGGCAGUAAUGGGAGUUUUUACUCUGGGCUUCUUCACUUGCAUCAUAUCGAUAUGUCGUUUGGUGUUCUUCGCCAGACUUACAAUCGACUUUUCAUAUGACCUGGUAGCCGUCGCAGCCUGGGGAGAGGCAGAGUCGGCGUCGGGCCUUAUCUGCUCAUCUCUUAUUUGCCUAGCUCCAUUAGUACGGCGAAUAUCACAUCACUUCCAGAGCACGAAGAAAGAAUCGCUCACUCCGCCAAAGAAGUAUCUUCCUGGUUCCAACCCCUUUUCACGGCACACCAGAGACAAGAGUGGUGCGUUGAAGACAAAUGGGUCAAGAAAUAUAUUUGGUAUUGGUGCAGACGGGAGUGAGACGGAGCUCAACUGCUUGGAUGGUGAGCGAUCACGAAAAACGGAGACGCAGGAUGAUGGGAGAUCACUGCAAAGCGACUCGGACGCGAUGCCCGACUUUCGCUUGGGACUCGAGACGGGAAUAAGGACGAUUAUCAGCACGGGCAAUCGGGACAGCAUACAAUCACCGUCAUUACCGCCAGACUCGCAAGGGAUUAUUGUGAAGCAGGUGUGGUCAAUACGCAAUAAAGACUCGAGCGAAAAAGAAGAUCAAAAAUAUCCAUAAUACACAAUCACAAUUACCUGGUUCGAUGUCACAACACGACCCAAUUAAGAGAACAAAUGUGCCCCUAUUGUUGAUAACUGAAUAGGAAUGUAGGUAAGAUCUAGUACCACCGCCAGAGACUUAUGCAUCCAUCAAAUGA